AUAUUAAUUGCAAUAAUGAGAAGACAAAUUAGCGUAACACAUUAUUUACACACCUCACUGUUGUACUGUAAAUAAUCAACUCGGCAGUAAUUAUAUCGACAUUCAAAUAAAGUUAUCACUAUAAAAUUAUUUUUCCUUAAAAUUCCACGAUUGUUUCAAAGAUUUGAAGAAACAACCACAACAAAAAUUUAAAGAACGAAAUAUUUGAAAAAAGUAUGUUUGGACUCUUUUCUACACAAAUUUAUGGACUUCAUCAAGCAUCUGAACAUACCAAAACCAAUCAUACCAACCAAUAUCACCAUCAUAACGACCCCAACAAUCCAAAGAGCAAUAACAAGCCACAUCGUUCCUCCUCUAACGCUUCCGAUACUUGCAAGGAACGUAACUUUUUUGCGAAUUUCGGUACCAAAUCGCCCACAACUUUCAUAGAGAAAUUCCUCAAAACCGAACUAUUAAAUGGAUAUGAUACAUUAAAGAAUUAUAAAAACUCUCAGCAUUUACCCAACAACAAUAAUAACACCAUAAACAACAAUAAAACAUCAACGAACCAUACAACAAACUCAAAUUCUCAUAGUGAGGAUUUAUUCAUGAGUUUUAAUUGCUUACAGGGCAGCUAUCGCAGCAAUUGUGACGGUGAAUUCUAUGAAGCAGUCAAUGUGGUCAACACAAAUCCUAACCCCACAUCAAAUUCUCAUACGAAAUCAAAUGAACAUUCAUAUCUGAAUUCGAAUUUAAAUCGGCAAUUCAUCAUCGAAACAAAACCGACUAAAGCAUCAUUCUUGAAAUUAACAACUGCGCCAGUAACAACGAAACCAGUCAAGGAGAUGACGAUUAAAUGUUCCAAAAAUUUACUUACUGAACCACUGAAUACAAAUCAAGCUCCUGCCACUCUACAAAAUUAUCAAAAACUCCCCGAAGAAUAUGAAUAUGGCACAGAUGUGUUGAUGCAUGGCUCCAGUGGAGCAAGUUCGGGUGAAUUUAAUAGUGAUAAUGCCAACAACAUUGCAAAAGAAAACAACAACAACAGCGGCAGUGGCAGUGGCAGUGGCAGUGGAAAUGGUAUUACCAAUACUGCAUCGAAUCUAUAUAAGAGACUAUCUUUUGGUGGACGAAAUACAAUAAAGAAUUUCAAUGUGACACCAACACAACUCAAUGAAAGUGCAUCGGAUAAUUCCACAUCAUCCGUUUCGACGACAACAAAUUCCUCAGCAACAAAAUCUAAAGUGAAUUUGUUAUCAAUAAAAUCAAAUGAAUUAGAACGCACCUCGUCAGCAUCUUCGUCAUCAGCAGGCGAUGCUAUAAUAGCCCCACGAGAACGUAAAAAGCUUUUAGCCACUGACACGGCAGAUAAAAUGCUAACUCCACCAAAUAGCAGUUCCGUUAUUGCCACAGUAACGCCAGAGCGUCUGCAACGUCGCCGACUAUUACAAAUGAUCUCGAAUUACGAUCAGCAAGUAAAAUUCUUGCAACGAGAAUUGGCCAAAGAGAAGCGGCGCCGAACCGAAGAGCUGGCGUGUGUUGUGAAGUCGCUUAUUUGUUUCGAAUCGAAAUUGAAAACCGAUAUGAAAUCAGUUAAUCAAAGGUUGCAAGAAAAGGACACGGAAAUUUGUCGCUUGGUGCGUCAAAAUCGUGCUUUGCGUAAGAAACUUCUGGCGCAAGCACAAAAUGCAGAACGCGACGAAGGUGUUGUGGAGGAUGAAGCGGUGGAAUACGAUAAUGAGAACUGCAAUACACAAGUGGAUAUAAUCAAAGAUGGGGAUACUGAUGCGGUGGACUGUUUGGUGCUCGAAGCUUUGCAAUGCAUCAAUUGCAGACAGCAAUUCUAUGACAUUGAUUUGAAAGAGGGCUGGACUCAGACAACUAAUGUAACGGCAAAUUCAAAUAUGAAAGAUAGUAGUAGAAGUAAUAUUGGCCUGACCACUGAGCAUGGAGGUUCUUCGAGUGAUGAUACAGUUUCGUCAUCGUUUUACGGAGCCCGUCGUAGUGUACGUUACACCAGCAAACGCACAUCUGGCACAUUUCGUGAUUAUAUGCGCUCACGUUCGAUGAAUAUUGAUAUCGACGAUAAUGCUGCACUUGAUAACAACUCUGAAGAAAACACAAGUACGAUUAGUCGCGAUGAUUCGCAAACCAGUUAUGAGAAAAUGAAUGUAUACUCACGUACCAUUGAGCGUAUGCAUGGCGUUAAAUGCGAUGAAAGUGAACCUGGCGAAUCUGAGCAAAGUGGUAUGGAGAAUAGUUUUGCAAGAACUAUUUCCCAUAUGAGCUAUCAUGGCAGCAAUAGUGGACGUAGUAGUAGUGCCAGUAAGACUAGUGACAAAUCACUUAAAAUUACUAAAAAUACGAGUCAAGAGAAAGAUUGUGAUAUUGACGAUGAUGAUGGCAUCUUUUCACCAACCCAGGACGAUGACUUUGAGGAAGACUUAUUAACAAAUAAUCGAAAAGUAAUGAUUGUGCAACGUCGUAGCACAGAAUUUUCAGAAGCAUCACCAAAGCAAGUUUAUGAAACAUCUACGGAUGAUUGGUAUGCAAGUGCGUCGGAUCAAGAAGAAAUUGGUACUACCACAUCCAAACCAUAUGGACACGGUGCUGUUAAUCCCGUUUUAGAAUGUGUAAAUCAGAUUUUGUUGCAGCAAUCAAUGGAAGACACUGCUCUACAUUCGAACAUACCGAAAAAGUCAACUGGCUGUGGAACGAACAUUUUAUCAUCGCAUGCAACUCAACUAAUAACACCAAAGUCAUCCCCACAACAUUUGCAGUUAAACACAGACAGCUUACCGAGACGUAGUUCAUUAAGUGGGCGUCGCAGUUCACGUAGCAAUAGCCAUUCCAGUGACGGCCUAAACUCUCGCAAUGGUACCUUGACACGUAAACGAGUACAUUUCUCCACACAAAAUAGUAUGGUGCAUGUACCUCGUAACGAUGAGGAAGACGAGCAUAGCAGCGAACAUAAUGAUGACAGUUUAGAACAUUUAGUACAACUAAGACACGCAGAAAUGAUGUCAAACAUUCAACUUCAACAGCAACAGCAACCGCAUUACCAUCCCAUGAACUAUUUUGCCACCUCAAGUGCAACAACCGUUGCAAGUGUAAGUUUGCAAGCAGUUUGUGAACAGGAAGCCAGAAUUGAUAACUUGAAUUAUGAGAGCAUUUAUGGCAAUGAAUAUGAACCUAUAGGCUCCGAUCACAACUCCUCAAAUUUGUAUGUUGAUAUGGAGUCUGAAGUGAAAAUGGGUAAUAGCUGCCCAGCAAAUCAAAAGACAACAAAAAUGCCGCCAGCUUUGCCACCAAAACCAGCCAAUUUAAUUAAAUUCAAGAAAUCACUACAACAGCUAGAUGAGGUUCCGGACGAGCACUUACAGGAAAAUUGUGCUAUUUCAACUGUAAGCAGUGCUUCUGAACCCGAUUACUGUUCAAUAUCUGAACUGGGCACAACAAAUGUACAUAUCGUAGCUGUGGAUGUACAUAAAGCACCAGAAUCAAUAGAUAACGAAUCACAACAAUCCCCUGAACGCGACCUAGAGUUGGAUGUUUCCACCGUUACUACUGAAGACGAUGUACUUGAGAACGAUGACGAAACAUGUACUGCAUCGCAAAAGACUGAUGAAAUUGAAGAAAUUUUUGCUGAUAUACCAAAGUUACCAAACGUAGCCGCCAUAAUUGCGCCAAAGCAAACCAAAUUCUCGCAACAGCAACAACAACAACACCAACAGCAACAGCAACAUGCUGAUUACUUAGUAAUGUCACCCAAAGUUGAUCCCAACAAAAGUAAGCUCUCACUUAAUCAUAGAAAUUUGAAUGGGGCCAAUGAAUUUCUCUGCUCAACACAACAACCCAAAUCUCCAAAAAUUGACACCACACCACUUAAGCUACAAUUGACUGCCACGAAUUUGCCUUCACAGCAGCAGUUCAAACGUAAACAUGUGCCUAAUAUUUUAAUAGAAAUUAAUAAGCGUAUGCUAAGCAUGCCGAACUCCCCAACCACUCCAAAUAAAACAGCAUUGACACCUCCUGUACUAACUCCAAAUGGGAAUAGCAACAACAAAAUACCAAAAUCUCAGCCACUUACACCAAAUGCACUGCUCCAAAAAUUCGAAACCAACAACUCUAAUUUGCCAUUGCAAGCUGAAUUUGAUUGGUACAAUCUGGACGCAGAGUAUGGUAAGGCCCGCGCUAUGAGUCAGUCGGAACUGCUAAAGGUUAAUGAAAAUUUGGGCUCUAUGAAUAUGUUGGCUGAAAUAGCCGAGGACCAUGAAAGUGUUAUAACAACAGCAGAUGAAUACAAUCUGGAUGAAGAAUUCUCCCUGUGUUCCGACAAACAAGAAGAUGCACUUACUGAACAUUCGGAGUGCAUGGACACAGUAUUACCGAGUGUACCACAAGUGUCGGAGAGUGUAGAAAAUAAAAAAAACGUAGCAAAAACAACAAACGUGUUUGAUUCGGAAAAAAUUUUGGAAUGUGCGGAGGAGCAAUUGGCAAUUCUUGAUGAAAACUCGUCCAAUGCAAUGUUAAGGAGUGAAACUGCAACUUCCGGUGUGAACACAAAAUCGAAAAAUAUCAAAAAGAAUUUAGCAAAUUUUGAGAAAUUUAUUGAAGGUUCCGGUUUAAGCACGAAACCCUUGCCAAGCAAACGGAAGGUCUACUUCGCUGGACCUUUCGUGUGAUAGUAGAAAGGCAUCGCAGAGCAAAGAUCCAGCAAUAGCAGUUUGGUUUUAUAGUGGAGCACUAUAUACAUGUCCAUAUACACGAGUUGAGAAAACUGCCAUUGCAUAUGGCACUCUAAAUAGAUGUGAAAAAUGCUGAUUAACUGACUGUUUUCGUCAACAUAGAAACAAAUUUUUAUUCGUCCGACAGGGAUGAGCAAUUCUUUCAAAUUAUAAAAGAUUUGAACAACGAAGUAGUAUGUGAAGUUUGAAUAGGAUCUGAUCAAUCCGAAGACACUUACCAAGCAAACUAUCUAUUUUGCCGACAACUUUGCCGUCAACUUCGCCAGUGGCUUUAACGAUAACAAAACAUUUAACAAAUUUAGAGACUUAAAAUUAUACAGCGAAUUUUUUUUAGUUAAAAUUAUCUUUAAGUUUACAUAUGAAUUCUAUUUCAUACUAUAUAUCAUAUAUAUAUCA